AUGCGCGCCGUCCAUCAACCAGACAAGCACUCGCCAGACCUCAAGCUUGUUGAAACCCCAGUUCCCAAACUGUCUCAGCCUUCCGAAGUCCUCAUCAAGGUGGCCGCCACUGCACCUUGCUACAGCGAGCUUACCUGGGUUGGCCAGAAUCCCGAAUUUUUCCCUCCUGACAAGGAGCCCGUACCCGGCCAGGAUGUUUCCGGCACGGUUGUGCAAGCAGAUGCAAACUCUGCCUUCAAACCUGGCGAUGAAGUCUUCUGCCGCAUCGAUGCAACGCGACCAGGCGGCUUGCGCGAAUACACUGUGGCACUGGAGUCUGAGCUCGCUAUCAAGCCAAAAUCCUUGGAUUGGAUUUCCGCGACGGCAACGCCCCUCAGCGCACUCACGGCUUGGCAAGCCCUGUUUGUGAAUGGAAGUUUGGAAUCGAGUGCCCUCUUUGACGAUGCCGAAGCCCGGGAAAGAAACUCCAAGCGCAAAGUACUGAUCACAGCAGCUGGUGGCAGCGUCGGCGGCUUUGCUAUCCAACUUGCUGCUGCGGCUGGUGCCGGCGCUGUUGUUGGUGUUUGCAGCGGCGACAAGGCGGAGCAAGUUUACGGUCUCGGUGCCUCGGCUGUGGUCGAUUACAAGAAGCAGAGCAUUGAUUCUUGGGUGACGGAAAGUGCAGCAGACAGAGAAUUUGAUCUCAUCGUGGAUUGCGUUGGUGGCGAUGCGAUGCGUGCCUUUUUCACGGCUGUCAAGGAUGGCGGCGAGAUCAUCAGUGUCAGCGAUUUCCCCGACAGAAUGCGCCCAGAAGGAAACAACAAGAAGCUGAAGAAGAGCGAGUUCUUCAUCGUCAAAUCCCUGGGCAGCCAACUAUCGGAGAUUGGGCGAUUGAUUGAGCAGGGGCGCAUCAAGGCUCUCGUUGACAGUGUAUAUGACUUUGACGACUUUGAAGCAGCCUUUACCAAGCUCGACCAACGAACUGCCAAAGGAAAGAUUGUUAUCAAGGUUAACGUCUAG